GUACUUACGUACUAGUGGUUGCAUCGUUGCUGCAGUGGGUCAAGGACCCACGGACUUAGCUUUCGGUGUUGAUCACUACUGGCAGAGAUGGCGUCCCUUCUCGCGGGCAAGCCCCUGAUGGGCGGCAUUAAGCUGCAGCGCCAGAGCAAGCUGGCUAUGCCAGCUGUGGCUCCUCGUGUGGCCCCUGUCGUGACUCCCCGUGUGGCCCCCAAGGCUGGCAUGGGUGAGCUGUCGGGCCGCCCCUUCGCUCCCAAGCCCGCGGAGAAGAAGGUCCUGGCUCCCGCGCCCCAGUCCGCCGCCUCGGACGCCCCGGCCCCUGAGCCCAAGAAGUUCCUGGGCUUCGAGCCCCUGACCUGGGCCAAGAUUCUGCCUCUGGGUGCCAUGUUCUUCUGCAUUCUGUUCAACUACACCAUUCUCCGUGACACCAAGGAUGUGCUGGUGGUGACGGCUCCUGGCUCGGGCGCUGAGAUUAUUCCCUUCCUGAAGACCUGGGUUAACCUGCCCAUGGCCAUUGGCUUCACCGUGCUGUACUCCUGGAUGUCGAACGUGCUGGAGAAGGAGCCGCUGUUCUACGCUUGCAUCAUCCCCUUCAUUGCCUUCUUCGGCGCCUUCGCCACCGUCCUUUACCCCAUGCGUGACGCCCUGCACCCCACUGAGUUCUGCAAGAGCCUGCUGGCGACCAUGGGCCCCCGCUGGGCUGGCCCCAUUGCCAUUCUGCGCAACUGGACCUUCUGCCUGUUCUACGUGAUGGCUGAGCUGUGGGGCUCCGUCGUCGUGUCCGUGCUGUUCUGGGGCUUCGCCAACCAGAUCACCACCGUGGAGGAGGCCUCGCAGUUCUACCCCCUGUUCGGUCUGGGCGCCAACGUUGCCCUGAUCUUCUCGGGCCAGGCUGUGAAGUACUUCUCGCAGGUCCGCGCUGGCCUGCCCCCUGGCGUUGACGGCUGGGGUGUGUCGCUGAACGGCCUGAUGAGCAUGGUCGUGCUGGGCGGUGGCCUUAUCUGCGCCAUCUACUUCGCGCUGCAGCGCCUGGUGGUCCCCCAGAUUAAGACCCUGCGCGACGGCAAGAAGAAGAAGAAGUCGAAGAUGAGCGUCGGCGAGUCCUUCAAGUUCCUGGCCCAGUCGUCGUACAUCCGCGACAUGGCCACCCUGGUGGUGGCGUACGGCAUCUCGAUCAACCUGGUCGAGGUGACCUGGAAGGGCAAGCUCAAGGCCCAGUUCCCCAACCCCAACGACUACUCUGCCUUCAUGGGCGAGUUCUCCACCGCCAC